AAGCCCUCUACAUCUGAACUGCACGCCAAAUCCCGCCCUCGCCCUUAACCGCGCCCCUCGUUCUGAGUGCUGUCCUGAGUUCUGUGGGCUCAUCCGUCACGGGAGCGCGCCUCCCAACACCCGGCUCAGCCCUCAAGAUGGCCGGGAUCCCGCUGUACUUUGUGGAUCUGCAGGACGAUCUCGAUGACUUUGGCUUUGAGGAUUAUGGCCCAGACUGUGAGAGCAUGAGAAUAUCUGCAUUCUUGGACAUUCCAGGGCAGGACAACCUGACUCCUCUGGGCAGGCUGGAGAAAUAUGCAUUCAGUGAUAAUAUAUUCAACAGGCAGAUUAUUGCCAGAGGUCUGCUGGACGUUCUAAGAGAUUUUAGCAGCAAUGAGGAAGAUUUUUUAACAGUAAUGGAAAUAGUCGUCCGUCUGUCAGAAGAUGCAGAACCUACUGUAAGGACUGAGUUAAUGGAGCAGAUUCCCCAGAUCACCAUCUUCCUACAGGAGAGCCGUUCUCACUUUCCUAGAGCCUUCUCUGAAUACCUCAUGCCCAUUCUUGUGCGCUACCUCACAGACCCCAAUAAUCAGGUGAGAAAGGCCACGCAGGAAUCUUUAUUGAUAUUACUGGAGCAGGACCUGAUUGAUCAAAAUGACUUGGAGAACAAGGUGUGCCCUAUACUCCUCGAACUCUCAGCCCCUGAAAAUGAUGAUGAAUACAAAGUGGAAGCUGUUAACAUUAUCUGUAAAAUGAUCUCCAUGCUGGGCAGACAGAGCGUGGAACAGAUGCUUCUUCCCCGAUUCUGUGAUCUAUGCAGUGAUGCUAAAUUGUUUCAGGUUCGAAAGGUGUGUGCUGCCAACUUUGGAGAUGUGUGUAACGCAGUUGGCCAGGAAGCCACAGAGAAGUUCUUGAUCCCGAAAUUCCUAGAACUUUGCUCUGACAGUGCAUGGGGGAUGCGUAAAGUCUGCGCUGAAUGCUUUAUGGCCGUUUCCUACAUGACAUCCAGUGAGGUCCGGCGGACAAAGCUCUCACCCCUCUUUAUAAAUCUAAUUAGUGAUCCUUGUCGAUGGGUUCGACAAACUGCUUUUCAAUCUCUGGGUCCAUUUAUUUCCACCUUUGCUAACCCAUCUAGCGCAGGACUUUAUGUAAAGGAGGAUGGAACUCUGAGCAUCAGACCCCCACAAGAGGAUUUUAUACCUGGGGAUUCCUUAGGCACUUCUUCCAGUCCUGAAAGUCACGAAACUGCAAGACCAAGUCAGACAGAUCCCUGCUGUUACUCCAGAUCUGACAAAUGCAAUGGCAUUUUCACAGCAGAUAGUCCAGAGGGGCUUUCUACUGAUAUUGGAUCAGGGGAAGAUGCUACAAGGCAUGGAUGGAAAUUACAAGGCAGCUCCUCACCUGCGGAAAACCGCACAUCUGAUGUGUAUAAUUCCUUCAUGUAUUGGCGCAGCCCAUUGCCUGAUAUCAGUGAGGAGCUGGAACUACUUCCUGUAGAGUCUCUCAAGAAAUCUGAGCUGAACCCCAAGACCAGUCCUUUAUGCACCUCCUAUAUGGCUAGCAAGGAAAUUGAAAUGGCCAUUCAGAGCUUGCAGGGACACAUGGACGAUCCCAACGUACAAGCUCAGGUCCAGGUUCUGUCGGCUGCACUCCGGGCUGCUGAACUUGACUCUGUUAACCAAGAAGAGGGAUUGGAUGUACAGGAGAGGAGCCCUACAGAUGAUACAUCUCCAUCUGAGAAUGAAACUGAUUUUCCACCUUCUAUGGCACAGACAAACUCUCCAGAAUCAGAACCAGCAGAAACUGUAACUCUUCCUACUCAGAUUGAGGAUAUAGUGGAAGACCCCAGUUCUCCUAUUAAAGCUGAGGAUGAAGAGGGAGAUGAGGACAGUCCUUGUGAUGAAGAAAAGCCUAAGGUUCAGGAUGUGGUACCACAGCCGUUAUUAGACCAGUACCUGUCCAUGACUGACCCAGCACGUGCCCAGACGGUGGAUACAGAAAUUACUAAGCACUGCGCGUACAGCCUGCCGGGGGUCGCGUUAACCCUUGGAAGACAGAACUGGCAUUGUUUAAAAGACACAUACGAAACACUGGCAACUGAUGUUCAGUGGAAGGUUCGUAGGACGUUGGCCUUCUCCAUUCAUGAACUGGCUGUCAUCCUUGGGGAUAAGAACACAGCAGCCGAUCUGGUGCCUAUAUUCAACGGCUUUCUGAAAGAUCUAGAUGAGGUGCGCAUUGGCGUGCUCAAACACCUGUACGACUUCCUUAAGUUGCUCCAUGCGGACAUGAGGCGUGAGUACUUGUAUCAGCUGCAGGAGUUUCUCACAACCGAUAACAACAGGAACUGGAGGUUCCGCUAUGAGCUGGCAGAACAGCUGAUUCUGAUCCUGGAACUGUACAAUCCCAGAGAUGUGUAUGACUAUCUGCCAAGCAUUGCUAUGACUCUGUGCUCUGAUAAAGUGUCUGAGGUCAGAAGGAUCUCUUACAAGCUGAUUGUGGCGAUAUUGAAGAAGUUCUAUGCAAAUGGUGAAACUGAACUGGGUAUUAAUUUCAUUAACGAGCUGGUGGUGCAUUUCCGACACUCGUCCAAGUGGGUGGGACGCCAAGCGUUUGCCUUCAUCUGUCAGGCCGUGGUGCAGGAGGAGUGUAUUCCUGCCGAGCAGUUUGUUAUCCACUUGCUUCCUAGCCUUCUCAGCCUUGCCUCUGACCCUGUGCCCAACGUUCGGGUUCUGCUGGCAAAAGCCCUGAAGCAGACACUGCUCGAAAAAGCUUAUUUAACCAGCCUGGGUAAUCAUCAUCUGGACGCUGUGGAGAAGACUGUUCAAGCCAUGCAGCUAGACACAGAUCAGGACGUGCGCUUCUUUUCAGCAGCUGAGCCAAAACGACCCUUAAGUAGCACUCCCCUGGAAGAGUCAGUAGAUUGAUCCUGCUUCAUUCCAUGCUAAAUGUGUCAGACAGUGCCAGACAGAGGCAAGUCUUUCUUUCACUUGUGAUGCUCAUCUGUCUGGCAGGGAAAAGGUUAUAGUGGCAUGCAGUGUUACAUCACAAACACUGAGCGCACCCUUCGGUGGCGGUCAGUUCCCUCGUAUCACACCCACUGGGAGUCCAACCUCAAGGGGGCGCUGAAAUUUUUUUUCCCCGAACAAAGGGCUUCACUAUUCUACCAACGAUUGAAUCCAAUGUUCAGUGUCUGUAUAUACAUGUACAAGAGCAAACCGAGAAGAGACUGUAAACUAUCUACUUCUGUAAUAUGUUUUUAAAUAUAUUUUAUAUAUUUUUUUAACAAAACCUGUGGUUGACAAGCAGGGGUCGGGGGGUGGUGAAUAAAAAAAAAAAUACUUCGGAUAGCAAACAUCCAGGGAGGUUUUUUUUUUUUACGUUUUUGAACUGUAUUUACUUAGAAAUUCAGACUGUUUUGGAAAUGAAUAUUUCCAACCAAAUAGACUCCUGAAAUAGGGGCCAUGAAAUAGGGACCUUGGUACAACUACAGCAGGGACCAUAGUGCUAUCCAUAUAAAUGAAGAUUUCAUUCUCUCUUAUGCAUGGGCAUCAGAUAUUGAUUAGGGCUACAGGACUCUUGGGGUAAUGAUGGCAAUCAGAAUGGCCGCUACAUGGCGUCGGUCAUUCCCAGUUGACUCCACAAUGAUUCUAUUAAAGGUGCUUUGUAUAGAAUCAGGGCUGGGGAUCCUGCGGAGGCUGCAUUAUGGGGUUUCCUGGUACCCCCUCCAAAGAACGAGGGUAGGAGGUGGGAAAGGACUGCUGGAUGCAGCCAUUUGUUUUGAAGGAUCAAAGUUAGGAGUAACUCUGUAGUAUUCUUGGAAUUUGAUCCUGAGGGUAGGACUACAUGGACAUUUUCGGCGCGAUCCAACGCGCUACAACAAAACGCCGGCUUCAAAUCCCUUGCGAUGGAAAUAAGGUAAGUGAAUGCAUUGUUGCAUGGUGUCGCCGCAUUGAUCCGCCGCAACACGACUGAAGGAUGAGGAUGCUGCACACUGUGGCUGUAUCCGACAGUCGAGUCGCGUCGGAUCAGCGAUGCGACUUCAUAUGACAUUUCCAUUACUUACCUUAUUUCCGUCAUAUGCAAUUUGAUGCCGGCAUUUUGUUGCAGCGUGUCGGAUCGUGCAGAAAACGUCCAUGUAGUCUACCCUGAAUCUUGCUUCUUUUAUGGCUGUUUUCAGCAUCUUCUUAUUUAAUCGCAAAAAUUGUUCUGCGUCAGGUACGGCAGUUGCCUCUGUAAACUGCCAGCAACUAAUGUAUAUAACUGUAAUAGUUUAGAAAGUUGGGUACCUGGCUACAUUUUAGGAACGGAACCUACCCCAUCACAACUCAUUCUGCCAGUUCGGAUGGGACCAUUUAACCA